CGCUAGCUUGAGUGUUUUUUCUAUAUUUAAACAAAUUCUCACUUUGUUCUCAUUCCCAGUUCUCCAUCCGAUUUGUUUUUCAUACUUGAAGCUCAUAUGGAAGAAAUUAAGUCCAGGUUCCAGAGAAUUUGUGUCUUCUGUGGUAGCAGUACGGGCAAGAAAGCCAGCUAUCAAGAAGCCGCUGUUGAGUUGGGCAAAGAAUUGGUGGAGAGAAGGAUUGAUUUGGUCUAUGGAGGUGGGAGCGUGGGAUUGAUGGGUCUUGUUUCUCAGGUAGUUCAUGAUGGUGGGCGCCAUGUUCUAGGAGUUAUUCCAAAGACACUAAUGCCCAGAGAGAUAAUUGGUCAGACUGUUGGAGAAGUAAGAGCUGUUUCUGAUAUGCAUCAAAGGAAAGCUGAGAUGGCACGCCAAGCUGAUGCUUUCAUAGCCCUUCCAGGGGGCUAUGGCACCCUUGAAGAAUUGCUGGAAGUUAUUACAUGGGCUCAGCUUGGUAUUCAUCGCAAACCUGUGGGUCUCUUGAAUGUUGACGGCUUCUAUAAUUCAUUGUUGUCUUUCAUUGAUAAGGCCGUUGAUGAGGGCUUCAUAUCUCCUAGCUCACGUCGCAUUAUCGUUUCUGCACCAACUGCCAAGCAAUUGGUCAGACAACUUGAGGAAUACGAAGCCGAACACAAUGAAAUAACAUCCAAGCUAGUAUGGGAGGAAGUUGACAGACUAAAUUAUGUGCCUGGAUCAGGAGUAGCUACCUCGUAGCUCCAUUGGAGUAUAUGCAAAUGGAUCAUUUUGAGGUUUUUGCCUAGUUGGUAUAUAACUUUUUAUACGGUGUAGAAUACCGUA